AUGACGAGCACGUCGCCCGUCAGUGCCGUCAGCGGCGGUUCUGCCGCUGCCUCCAACCAUGGCAGCGUUUCACCCCGGCAGACCGUCCAGCCCAAGAACGUCGCAUUUGAACUCUUGUUCACCGAGUCACCGCAAUAUCGUGCGCGACUGCCCAUGCGCGUUCAAAUCUAUCCUCAUGACACAACCGACUCCAUCGUUACCACUGUCAAGAACUUCUACGGUCUGUACUCGGGCCCGACCGGCUCCAAGGGCGUCAGUUUCGAGGAUGAAAAUGGCAUUACCCUCAUCGCCCGAUACGAGAAUUUCCGCAACAACAUGGUCGUCUAUGUCAGAGUCAUUGAAGAACCCCCUUCCGCCUCUAGCCCUUUUGUGCCACCCACCUAUCAACAUCCUACUGUCGCCGCUUCACCGUUUUACGGAGGUGACGGCUACCCGCUUCAGCCUCCGCCUCGCUUCGGCCAAGAAAUUUCCAGACCCUCGUCCAGGACAUCUCGGAAGCGCAGCCCUUCCCCUAAUCCCAGCCGCGGUCGUCGCAGCGGCUCCGCCAACACAAACCCCAAAAAGGGUCGAUCUCGUUCUUCCAAGAAUAGGGAUACCGGCGCCAACGGUCAGGCCGCAGACAUAUACAGUGACAGCGUCAAUGGCUACAGCAGCGGCGAUGGCGCCCCCGGCUCCAGCUCUGGCAGAGCCAAGGAGCAGAUUGGCAACACCGAAAUCAGUGUCGAGAACAUUGUAGAGGGUGGCCGACGCAAGCGGGCCAAAUUUGAGAGUUCUGAGCUUCCCCUAUUUGCGCCUCCGCAGAUGCCGGCGGCCACGUCGAACCCGUCAGUGUCUCCUGCCCGGCGCGCUGAGCCUCAGCGACCUUCUCUGCCGUUUGUGCAACCCGGUCAGAACCCCUUCACGAACCCCAUGCCUCUGCAAUCCCCGCAGAGCCACAACCAAGGGUAUACACACGGUGCGUACUACGCGACGCCGUCUUCGGAACGGCAUGCUCGUGGUAGCAUCGGCUUCGCUGGUCAAGGCAGCAGCUAUGGUGGCAUGAGCGGCAUCCUUCCCACUCCGGACCCCACUGUUGGCAGUUGCAUGUCAGAAGAGGACAAGGAUGUAGCCAUCCAGCUUAUGCGUCUGGGUGAAAUGUCCAACAUUUCUCAUGGUCGCACGUCUGCCUCUACACUGGACGACACUUUCAGCGGUCGCGCCGAUGCCGCCUCGUCCACCGGAGCCACUAGCGACGGCGACAGUGAGAGCGAGGAAGAGUGCUCCGCUGCCCGGCGCCAGAAGUUGGAUGCCGCCGGCAUCAUGCGCAAGCUGUACCAGACUACCGAGAGCCACUUCAUCCCCCAGCCGAGCAUUGAGACAAACGGCGACGAUGUCGAAAUGGAAGACGGCGCUGCCGGUGCGGCCAGUGGUGACCGCAAGUCGGACGCCUUGAAGAACAAGACCAACCUUCCCGACGCCAGACCCAAGACACAGUUGCCCGGCUCCAAGCCCAAGCCCAAGGUCAGCAAAGUGCCGCGCCCGGCCAUUGCUAAGCCCAAGAAGACUGCCACCACCAGCAAUGGGCCCAUGUCGCCGGCCUCCCUACCUCCGUCGCGCAAACCGUCAAUCGCUUCCGCCGCAACUGUGCCAGGUGCCCCUGGCGAAGAUGAACAGCUCGACCUCUCAGCCAAGCCUCGUUGCCAGCGAUGCCGCAAGAGCAAGAAGGGUUGCGACAGACAGCGACCCUGCGGGCGUUGCCGCGACGCCGGUCUCAGUGCCGAUCAGUGCAUCAGCGAGGACGAAGGUAACGGUCGCAAGGGUCGCUAUGGCCGACACAUGGGUGUCCCCAUUAAGAAGGAGGACAUUGCCAAUCCUGCGCAGCCCAUCCUUCUCCCUGCCGCGCCCAUCGCAACGACGGCGGCGAUGGUUGAUAAGAACAAGAAGAGAAAACGGUAG